UGUUAACGGAAUAAUAGAUUCUAAAUUCUACUGAGUCCUACUGCUAGAUAAAAUCAUAAAAUAUCUAUCUAGAUCUAGAUCUAGGUUCUAGACUAGAUCCAGUCCUAAAAUAAUGGAGAUAAUUAUUACUAACGUCUAUAUGGGACCUUUAUUUUUAUGCGCAGUUUUUGUUUAAUGCCACAUUUCUGGAGUCAUUCUUUCUUAAUCUUAUUAUGAUUCUAGACUAGUAGAUCAUCUUGAAUCUUGACUUAUUUUUUAUACUACUAGAAUAACCUAUAAUGUAUAAUUGAUAGUAUAAUAAUGGCUAUAACUACUAACUAGAUCUAGUUAUUCUAGACUAGAUCUACUCAUUCUUAUGAUGAUUCUACUAUUCUAGAUCUAUAUGCUAGAUAUCUAUAUAGAUCUAAUUAUUCUAAUAAUAAUAUCAACUGAUUCAAUAUCAUUGAUUAUCACCAAAAAAAAUGUAUCGAAAGAUUGCUGCUGUCAGCAUCAUUUUAUUUGCUUUACAACAUAUCAUAAGGAUCAUUUACUCACUGGGUUAUCAUCUGCAGUUUUAUCAACAUUAUCCAGGCGCUUGCUAUGAAGUCAACGGAAUAGAUUUUGGAGCAGGAGAUUUUGAUAUUACACAAGAUGGGAUGACUUUCAUAACAUCAGGUUGGAAUAUGAAUAUAUUCUCUGACAGUUUCCAAGAUUAUUACCACAAAAAUGAUAUUACCGGAGCCAUAUAUCUACUGAGGGUCAGGGGAAAUGGAUCCACUCCCAUGAAACUAAAUAUCAUUAGCAGUGAUGCUUUGUUUAAAUUAGACAGUUUUCGACCUCGUGGUAUUAGUGUGUAUCCCAAUAUGUCCACAGGUAAACAUAUUCUUUUCGUUGUCAAUCAUCCACCCAAAGAAGUCAACAGGGUAGAAAAAUUUGAGUUUGAUCCAUUGAAUUCAGUUUUACAUCACAUUAAAUCCUACACUAGUGACAAGCUCAGAUUAGUGUACGACAUACAGGCACUGGGAGAAGAUUCCUUCUAUGCAACCAAUAUACUUUAUGAGAACAAAGUCCGUUUCUUCAUGAUCCUAGAACUGUUUUCUCUCAUGCCUUGGUCCAGUGUUGUCCACUACAAGGAAGAGACUGGUUUCCAUGAUGUUCUUACUGGACUGACUAGCACUAGUGGCAUAUUUUUGUCUGGGUGUGGAACAUACGUGUAUGUAUUACUGUGCAUGAGUUCAGAGGUCAGAGUCUACACAAGGCACAAAGAUCACACCUUGGUGUUGCAGCAGGUGUACCCACUGUUAAGCCAUCCUGACAAUGGGCUUGUUGAUCCUGUGACUGGGGAUCUCUACAUUGGCACACAUCCUAUUGCCUACCAGUUUAUCAAUCACCUUGACAGACCCAAUAAGUUCAAGGCAGCAUCACAGGUCUUGCAACUACGGACCAAAGACGGACUCAUUGUUGCUGUGACAGAACUCUUUUAUGAUGAUGGAGAUCUCAUCUCAGGCUCAUCAACUGCCGUUGUGUACAACAAGAGCUUAAUAGUGGGAUCCACCGUGGACAAACUCAUUCUUUGUCAGCUUAACAUCCCAGUAUAAAUGUAUCUUUAUAUAUUUCCUAUCCAUUCCCUUCUUUCCCACCAUGAUAACACAGUGUUCAGUGUGUAUUGUGUCAAUUUUAUUGCGAAAAUGAAGCGGCUUACCCAGUAAGCACUUGUCCAGAUGUUGUUGUUUUUUAACACAAGGCCUACAAUGUGGCCAAAACAGAAUUUAGUUUAUUAAAUAGAGCAGAAUGAGUGAAACAUUAUUCUGGAAUUUAAAAGGAAGAGGCGAUAGAAUUUUUUAAAAAGCUUGGCUAUCAAAGUAGUCGCCAGGUUAAACUCCUGAUGGAGGCGUGAUUUUUUUAUUUUUUUUGACAUCUUUCAGUCUAACCUACUCUAUGAGAGUAAAAUGAAAGCCUUUGAAUUGACACGCUCUUCAAUGUUUGACCUAAAAAUCUCGACCCCUUGUGACAUCAACAGCCCCUGUUGAUCCAUAGACCAGGGUAGAAAAGUUAAAACUGUAGUUUUAGGCAUAAUCUUGCUUUCUACAAUUGAUCUUAAUGCUCAUUUAAAAUGGACUAAAACCUUAUUAGAAUAAACUCAUAUACAAUGCACUCAACAUGUGAGGGCACGAAAAAUAUAUACAGCUUAAUGCAUAUCCAACUGCAAACACUGCUUUCACCCACAUGAAUUUUUGAAAGUAGCCAAUCCAAUACGUAAUGCUUUCUUCGGCAAACCACCAACAUUGUACAAUAGGCCUACUAAUGAAUAAAUUACUAAUCAAAUUCCAACGUCUGUAAUUUUUGCCAAGAAAUAGAGAGCAUAGGGCAUAAAUGGCUGACAUUUUUGCAUGUUAUAAAUGAAACAUUUGAUGUAAUUGUAAUGUGUUUAAUUGUAAUGUUAUACUAAAAUUGUUUCUUGGAAUUCUUGUAAUUCUGUUGUACAUCUUAACGUUUUUGUUGAUUUAUAUGUUAAUGUUACAGAAUAAUAGGAUAACACUCAAAAUCAUAUGUAACUAGGUUCAUGUGGUUUAUGAUGUAUAUGUCAAAAAAUGGGGGAUUGAAGCAGGACUUUGUUUUUAUAGAGUUUUUUUAUUAUGCUUUAUAUUGACUGAAUAUCAAAAUUUCUUUUAUCUCAUGUAGUCAGAGUUGUCCACUAAUAUUUCAAUGUGCUCUCCACAAAUAUUCCAACGACUUAGUCAAGCUGUCCGAUAAUGUUCUAACUAGUCACAGCUUUCCUUUAAUGUUAACUCAUGAAUAUUUUUUUGAGUAAUCUGCUUCUUUUAUUAUUUUCAAAGUGUGAUAUUUAUUUUUUGUUUACUAUUGAAUUUUUUAAAAAAUGUGCAAUAUUUUAUUUCAAUUAUUUUUAGCUGUGCAAUACGUUAUACAUUUUUUUUAUUUAUUAAAUAUAAUUGAUUUUUACCAAA